AUGAACUACAUCAUAUUCCCAUCGAUUUCCGCCUACCAUGUUGUUUCUCAAGGAGAUAACAAUAAACUGCGCGUUCUUCGUUCUCUCUUUGAUGGCGGCGUCAAUUUCGUCCAUCACGUACAACGGCGUGGGCUUGUAGUGAUGCAAAGCAAAAACCAGUGCCAAACUAGACAGUGUCUUCUCACCACCGGACAGGUUGCCAAUGUUCUUCCAACUCUUCUUCGGCGGCAUGACGGAAAACAAGAUACCCUCAGAGAACGGAUCCAGGGAAUCGACCAAUUCCAGCUCUGCGUUGCCGCCCAUCGUGAUCAUCUGGUACAUCUCCUUCAGACGGAGCGAGAUAAUACCAAAGCCUUCCAUGAACCCAUUGAGUCGUGCGGCUCGAAGGCCAUCGAGACGAGCCUUAGCGCUGUCGCGGGCUGCCAGGGCAGUAUUAAGAUCUGCCGAACGGGCUUCGUAGAGGUCUACAGAGGAAUUCUGCGUCUUCUCCUCCAAGGCUGCAAUAGUAGCUUUCAGCGACUCCUUCUCUGA